AUGGAUGCUCAUGUCCAACAUUUGAGAACUCUGUUUGAGGUUCUGAGGAAACAUCAGCUAUUUGUGAAGAAAUCUAAGUGUGCGUUUGCUCAGACAAGGGUUGACUACUUAGGCCACACCAUCACAGAUCAGGGGGUCAGCAUGGAUUAUUCAAAAGUCAGUAGCAUCCUUCAAUGGCCUGUGCCUCAGUCAGUUAAGGAAUUGAGGGGUUUCCUUGGUCUUACAGGUUACUAUAGGAGGUUCGUCAAACAUUAUGGCCUUGUGUGUAAGCCACUCACUGAGUUGUUGAAGAAGAACAAUUUCAGAUGGAACAGUCAAGCUCAGGAUUCCUUUGAGCACUUCAAAAAGUUAAUGUGCUCAGCACCAGUUCUUCAGUUACCAGAUUUUAAAAAGCCUUUUGUGGUAGAGACAGAUGCUAGUGGAUGA